CGACUUCGCCAUAAUCGAACAUAUGGAGAGCAAGGACAUCUUUGCGCGACUCGCCGCCGAUGCCAAGGCGUCCAACAACGAAGCCGAUGGGAAUGUCAAUGCAGAUGAUUCGUACCUUGUCGUGAUUGGACCCAAGAACAGCGGCAAGACGUCGCUCGUCCUUUACUUUCUCAACCCAAACAAAGUUGAUGAGCCCAAACCCACGGCAGCCCUGGACUACGUCUACGCUCGUCGCGCCGUGGCUGGCAGCAACAAGAAAGCUGUCGCUCACAUUUGGGAACUGGCCACGACCAAGAAGGUGCUGGAACUGCUCAAAGUCCCUCUGUCGCCCGAGCGGUUGCCCAAGUCAACGCUCAUGCUCGUGCUGGACUUGUCAGUUCCUGGGGACGUCGUGCCGUCGCUGGUGUACUGGAUCGCGCUCGUGCGAAAGCUCGUGGCCGACACCAUCCCCACGUCUUCGUCGGAAGCGCUGGUGCUGGCCAAGUAUGGUGACAAGCAUCCCGACCGCCGCGACGUGUCGCCGGUGGCGGUUCCGCUGUUGAUCGUCGGUGCCAAGUACGAGACGUUCCGGGAUGAGGACAGCGUCAAGCGCAAGGGAUUGAUCCAGGCUGUGCGGUUCAUGGCGCACGCCGUCGGCGCCACGGUGUUGUUUACGUCCGUGAAAGACAAGACCCUCGCCACGCAGUUUCGCGCAGCGUUGAAUGCAGCGUUGUACCGUACCGACGGGAGUGGCAAAUCCACAAAGGAAGUCGACAAAGGGUUGUUUGUGCCAGCAGGAACCGAUUCAUUUGAAGAGAUCGGACUGCCCAAGGGCGCGCGAGUGACAGACUUUGAAGAGUCGAAUCUGGACAAACGCAUCAAGUUGUGGGCCAAAGCCACCGCCGAAUUGUACCCCCCCGUGACCCCCCCGCCAGAAGGAGGAAAGGAAACUGUCGAAGAUGACAAGGAAGAAGCAGACGAAAAGUACCCCGAACCGUCCAUCGACGCCCUCCGCAAACAAAAGCGGGAAGAGUUACGGCGAUACAAGGAAAAGAAGACGGACAAGAAGCCCUCGGCCAAGAAGGACGCCAAGGAGUGACCUGUACUUGAAUACAGUGAGUUUUGGACGGGUCCAUAGAAUCAACUGUGUAGGUGCAGAGUUUGCACAACAUCUAAGUUCAUAUCACACUAUGUACCGGUAGUACUAACUAUGAAUAAUCCAACCAGGGUGAGGCAA